GUAAACAGGGGUGCAUGGUGGAUCACAAAAAUAAACAGCUGUUUGAUUUGAAUAGCGGAAGUCAAUGGCAGAGCCAUGCCACGCCACAGACUGUCUGUGAAGAUGCGAGUGCACAAACUAUGUAAACAGUGAGACAGAACUGUCUCGAGAAAGCCGCACUUUUCACAUCCGGAUUGUCCAUGAUGGCGUGCCCGAUGCAGUUCAUCCUCAAGGCGUUGCGCACGGUUGGCCUUGUGCUUUUCUAUUAUGUGUUUUCCAUUGGGAUAACGUUCUACAACAAAUGGCUGAUGAGGGACUUCCAUUUUCCUUUGUUCAUGACCCUGGUCCACCUCAUCAUAAUAUUCUGUUUCUCUACGCUGAUACGCUGUGCCAUGCAGUGCUGGAGCGGAAAGCUUCGAGUAACCCUAUCCUGGAAAGUUUACCUCUCAAAAGUGGCUCCAACAGCACUGGCAUCAGCGCUGGAUAUUGGACUAUCCAACUGGAGCUUCCUUUUCAUCACAAUCAGUUUGUACACCAUGACCAAGUCGUCAGCUGUACUGUUCAUUCUCUUUUUCUCCCUUGUCUUCAAACUAGAGGAGCCGAAUCCAUUCCUGAUCCCGGUGGUGUUACUGAUAGCCAGCGGUCUGUUCAUGUUCACACUGAAGUCCACCCAGUUUAAUCUGGAGGGUUUCCUAAUGGUCGUGUUGGCCUCUUUCAUUGGUGGGAUCCGCUGGACUCUGACCCAGAUCCUCAUGCAGAAAGCUGAACUUGGCCUCCAGAACCCCAUUGACACCAUGUAUCACCUGCAGCCGCUCAUGUUCAUUGGCCUCUUUCCUCUGUUCCUGUUCAAUGAGGGGCUCAGUGUGAGCACCACAGAGAAACUCUUCCGGGUCACUGAACUUUCUCACCUGCUCUACAGUCUGCUGACACUGUCUGUGGGUGGGAUGCUGGCCUUUGGGCUGGGUUUCUCUGAGUUCCUGCUUGUGUCCCGCACCUCCAGCCUCACACUUUCCAUUGCAGGCAUUUUUAAGGAAAUCUGCACUCUGCUGCUGGCGGUUGAGUUCAUGGGAGAUAAAAUGAGCAUGGUAAACUGGAUUGGCUUUACUGUCUGUCUGUCUGGGAUAUCACUGCAUAUUGGCCUCAAAACGUACACUAAUAAAGGAACUAACUCGAUGGUAAGACAGCUACCAGGAAGAGACAACCCAGACAUUGAGCUUCCACUUCUGCAGACUAAAGAGGACUAUAAUGAAGAGACAAAUGAUGAGGAGGAACAUGAGAUUCUUUAUUAGACUUAAAUAUAUGAAGUCCUAUCCCUACAGUAAAGAGGACUGAAUAGAGCCAUGAAUUAUUCUCUUUGAGGGAGUACUUGUUGGUCACAUUGACCACAGAUAAAAAAUAGGCCUCAUCUAUGAGAUGGAUGAACAUAGGAUCUAAUCAACAGACUAUAUAGAUAUAGCUUGACUCGUUUGAGAGAAAUUCUUCACUCUUUGGUAGGAUUACUCUAAAUAUGUGAGUGGGUACAACUCCACAGUCUCAGCACUGGACCAAUACCCAAGUGACCUUUGAAAUUUCUGUUUACUUGAUAAUUUAUAUUUCAGUUUUUGAGAAAUAAUUAUUUAAUUAAAAACCAUACAAUGGGACAUGGUUACUUGUGUUUUUAAUAAAAUGAUUGAAAUUA